CGCUGCUGCAGUCAUAUGAUCACGCAAACAUGGCGGUGGCUUGCUUGUACCGGCGGCUCGCUGUCGUAGUUUUAUUAGUGUUUACUGUUUAUUCUUCUGUGCUUAGCGCAAAUGUUGAAGUUCCCGCCUAUAUUUGGGGUUCUGAAAGUGGCUUGAAAAAAAUCCCGCAAGUGGGUUCGUUCGACAAGGUUGAACCAUCUGCCUUCGGAAAUUCCGUGGCCAAUCUUGUCGCUCAAGAAGAUGCUGUGGUCGUGGCUUUUGUCCAAGACAAGCUUAGUGCGGAAGACCUGUCCAGGGCAUCAAGUGAUGACAGAAGCUACAAGUACUUAAAGGAUGCUUUCGGCAAGGAGCAUGUGCUCGUGUUGCCAGCGGUGGAGAACCCCGUUGAUGCACUGACAUCGCACGGUGGCCUCAGGGUGACGCACCUCAACAUUCCCGAUGUUGGGGCUGUGCAGUCCGCGCUGGACGGUCUGCACGAUGGCAGCCAAGUGCUGCUGGUAGACUUGCCUCGCACCGUUGGCGUCGAGAGCCGGUUAUCAGCGCUCCAGCAGGCUGACACGAUCAUGGAGGCCACCAUGCAAGCCCUCUCAUCAGGAGGCAAGAAGUUGUUUGGCCUGUACACCGGGAGAGAUUUGGCAUCGCCGAUGGUGGAGGCUGCUCACUUGUCACGGUCCCGGCGGCACCUGCUGGUGGUGCCCGAGGCUGCACCCUCGUCAAACGAGACGGCGGGCGUGAUCAUGGUGCGCAGUGGCUGCAUGCUCAUGUACGGUCGCACGGUCACCGUGUCCUUCACCGAAGAUCCCAAGGCAGCGACGUUCACCUCGUUGACCUACAACGACACACUGAACCCCCCGCCUGUGCCCCAAUGCAGCUCGGACAACCAGCAUGCCAACAUCACAUUGAAGUUCCCAGAUUCUGGACCUGUUAAAGACUUCAGUCUCCUGAUGGUGUUCAAGUCGGACGAGCGCGGUGGCUUUGCCCUGACCGAGAUGAAUGCCACCCUGAAGAACUACCAGGACCUGCAGAUGCGUGUCAAGGACCUGUGGUGGCCUCGGGGCUUCUCCUUCUCCUGCUCCCUCUCCCAAUUUCGGCAGUACAACUCCACCAAGCUGCCCCAAUUGCACUUGCAGCUGGACACCUUCCAAGUCCAGCUCGUCCAGAACAACACGGGUCAGUUCUCGGAGAGCUACGACUGUGCGGGCUUCUUCACUACAGUCAUCUGGAUGGGCCUGCUGGUGGUGCUCCUCUACCUCAUCAUCUUGGGCUCGGGUGUCUUCUUCAUCUACGAUAUCCGCACAAACGACCGUUUUGACGACCCCAAGGGCAAGACCAUCACAGUCACCGCCUCCGACUGAUUUCUUCAGCAUCAUGCAUUUCCUUUGUGGUCCCCUCUUGCUGCUGCUAGUGGCUUACAUGUUGCAAACAUUGACAGUAGAGCUGGGUUCUGUGUGGAAUGUGUACUUGUUAUAGGUGUAGCGCCUGGGUGAAUGUUCGUGUAAAGUCAGAAUUUAGUGGUCCGCUUUCUCUUAAUGAUGUCUAUGAUGUCCUUAGAGUAUGUGCCGAAUGCUGAGGGCAGAGUUAAGCAUCCGGUGAAAAUUUAAUCUGGCAUUAUUCACAACGUUCAACAGACCUCCUUCGAUGCUUUGUUUUAGGAUUGUCCGCUUUCGCCAUUUCUUUUCCGUGGCUGUUGUUAGCGUAUACAGCACUGUAGCUUAAGAUAUCUUUUAUGUUAAAUACAGAGUCAGAUGCGAUGGAUGGAGGUUCCUGUCGCGUGUAGUUCCUUGUUCCACUGCCAAGCACUUUGAUGGUAACACUAGCUGACAUCAUUGACGUCAUUGUGGAGAGUCAGUUUUUGUAGAUUUCUUUUUGGCACUCAAUGGCUACAUUUUUAUAUUGGAGCUGGGCAAAUGAGCAUUUUCAGACAUGGAAGAACUUCUUCACCAACCUUGUGAAGCCUGUAAAAACAGCUUUGAGAAAUGAUUGAGAGGCUAGUGAAAGCGUGUUACUUGUGUAUAUACAUAGCAAUAUAUAUAAUAUAUAUAUUCUUUUUUGUGAAUAUUGGUUUCCAUGUUUUUGUCUUAUUGUAGCCCUGUAGAUAGCUUGUUGCCACUUAAAAAUCAAUUUGCAGGCCUACUUAGAAGAAAGAACUGUUCCUUUUACUUUUUCUUGGCCUUAAAGAGAACAAGUGUAUGAGAAACUGAAUGAUAGUACCAUGAACAUUAUUUUGAUGAAGAAUAUGUCAGGCGUAACUGUCGGCAAAUGUGGAGUCUUGCGGUGUAAUUUUGUACAGUAUGAGCAAAAUUAAUUCAAGUAUUUGUGCAACCUGUGUGUGUCUAGCACCGUCAUGCAUGCCUGUCAACUCCUGGGUUCGUGUGUGCUUUUGGUACAGUUGGUCGAAUAUGUGUUGCCCUAACUGCUGCCGUGGUAGUCAAGCCGUGGAUCAACAUCUGGCUCGGUUAAAGACAGGCCAGACAGGCUUUGGCUUUCGUUCUAAGUAUAGCCAUGUCAAAGCUUAUAGUUCCAGUGUACAACCAGCGUUGGCUCUGUGUAAUGCGCUGGAGUAAGUGCUACGUAAUCAGCACUCCAAAGAAAUGCUGACUAGGAAGAGGCCUUCUGUCUUCACCUUCCGGUGCUUAGAAAUGUUGGAUAUUUGCCACGAUAACCCUGCCACAUUGCCCAGCAGGGGCAUCGACCGAUGUGUGGUGUCCCACACAAUUUUUGCAAACGCUGCACUUAGAGCAAAAUUUAUGCUUCUGCCCCCCCCCCCCCCCCCCCCUCUGUCACGAACAAUUCACGAAAUUCGGCUAACCAUGGCAUAUGUGGGCUAAAUGUUCGGCCAGACUGGACCAAAGUGACAGUUUGUGUAGAAACUUCAAGUGUUGUCUGCCUGUACAGUAUGCCAUGUACGUGUUGUGUGAUGCCAAGCUGUUCAUGCCUAGUCAUACACAGCGAGCAUAAGUGAUUCUCAAGUCUUCAGAAGCAACGCAUCCCGUGUAGCGGGAAAGUGCAAGGCUUAAGAAAUCCUGUCUCAAUUUCCUUGUUCGAGUGCAACACCACAUGUCAUGGUUGCACCUGGAUUUAAAAAAUGGUGUAAUUUAUUGUAUACAUCUUCUAUGUGCCAGUUGUUUUUGUUAAUCAAGAAUAAAGCACCUUUUUCCACAA